AGUUUGGUAACCUAAGGUCAUACUAUUAAUAGCACUGUUGAUUUUGGUUUAUUUAUUGUCAAAUAGGUAAAUAAUCUACGAAUAUGCAAUGAAUCAGGCUUUAUUAAGUCGAACGCAGUCUAAUUUACAGAAAGUCACAUCUUAUAAGUUUUGUAAAUCAACUAACUAAGUUGCUUGUUCGAAUAUUAAGUCUGUUUAUUAUGAAUGUUGUGUAUACAUCUGAGCAUUUUAUACACAUACAUACGUACCGACUUAUUCAUUUCCGAAUUUUUAGGGAAUGAAUAGUUUUCUUCCAUUUUUCUUCUUUAAGAAACAACAAUUUUUUUAAGUAAAGGUGUUUAAAUAUUAAACCAUAACAGUUCUUAGAUUUUUUAUCAUUAUACGUGGUACUCGUAAAGUAAAAGAGCUUACUACAUAUUACGAAAAGUAACAGAUAAAUCUUCGUAAAACGCAUGAAAUGGGUAAUUGCUUAAAAAUUAGCACUUCAGAUGACAUUUCACUUUUACGCGGCAAUGACAGUCAACUCAGCGGGACACAGCCAAUGUAUCAUGGAGAGCAUUAUCAACGAGAAUUGUACUCUUCCACGUCGGCUUCGACAACGCGAACACCAUCUUCUAAUAAUCGUCAACUUUCCGAUGAAAAUCAAGUGAAAAUUGCAAAGCGUAUUGGAUUAAUGCAGUACUUGCCAAUAGGAACAUACGACGGGAGCUCAAAGAAAGCACGAGAAUGUGUUAUCUGCAUGGCUGAAUUUUGUGUUAAUGAAGCCGUACGUUAUCUACCUUGCAUGCAUAUUUAUCAUGUUAAUUGUAUAGAUGAUUGGUUGUUGAGAAGUCUAACUUGUCCCAGUUGUUUAGAGCCUGUUGAUGCUGCUUUACUGACGAGUUAUGAUUCGACAUAGCGUUAUAAAAACAUUAGCUUAUAGUUUUUCUGCUGUAAUGUGUUUUGGGUUAAAAAAAAACUUUUGCUUACCAAGUAUAACUUAUUAUUUUAUAUAUUUCAAUUAAUUCUUUAUUAUACAAAUUUGUUAUUGUUUUAUUAUCGAAACAUGUUAUAAUAUUUAAUUCAUUUUAGCGAUAACCAAAAUCAUAAUUGCAAUACUAAGGAGCUCAAGAAUUUGAAAUCCAAAUUAGUUUGUGUAUAUAUAUAAAUUGUUUUACCAACAUUAAUAAAAUGUGAGAUCUAUUUAA